AACACUGGUCUGUGGUGACAUUUAAUAACUUACUGUGAAGGAAGAAUUGUGCGAUUUUAGUGUUUUCGUGUUUUGUGCGUAAUUUAUAAUUUACUAUCGCAGCACUUGUUGUAUUUAAACUGUUAAAUUGCGAGUGUGUGAACCGGUAAGGAUUUAGCUAAUAAUGAUUUUUAAUUUAUCUGUAAAUUCCAAACAGAUCGAUCAUUUGUUGCGCCAUAUAUCUAGCAACUUCUAUCGAAUUAUCCGCGACUUUCCUGAGUCUUUUCCUAAUCUGAUGUAGUACCUAUCACAUAUCUUUCAACAACUGAAAACUAAACGUUCGUAGUAUUAUUUUUGGUGAAAGUUUGGUCAGAGUGUCUGCUACUUACUCGACUCGCACUUAAAAUUGCACCAAGAAUCUUUCUGUUUCAUCAUUGGUUCAUUCAUUGAUUCAUCUAUUCUGUGACACUUGACUAGAAGAAGAUGUGGCAGAACCCGGGAGUAUACCCAGGAGAUCAGAACCAAGGUUACCCUCCGCAAGGCGGUUAUCCCCCUCAAGGAGGUUAUCCCCAAGGCGGUUACCCCCCUCAGGGAGGUUAUCCCCAAGGCGGUUACCCUCAGGGAGGUUACCCUCAAGGCGGAUACGCGCCCCCACCACAACCAGGUUUCCAGCCGGCAGGGUAUGGAGGAGCAGGGUAUGGUGAGCCCCCGGGCUACGUGCCGCCGGGCGUCGGCGAAGAUGGGGACGUCAAAGGGUUCGACUUCACCGAGCAGUCGAUCAGGAAAUCCUUUAUUCAAAAGGUUUACUCCAUACUAAUGUGUCAGCUGAUGGUGACGUUGGCUUUCAUCUGUUUGUUCGUGUUCCACCAACCGACUAAAAUAUGGGUGCAUCAGCACAGAUUCCUGUUUUGGAUCGCCCUGGUGGUUGUAUUCGUAUGCCUGAUCGCGAUGGCGUGCUGCGAGACUGUUCGUCGCACCGCACCAACUAACUUCAUAUUCCUCGGCAUAUUUACUGCGGCUCAAAGCUUUCUACUGGGGGUUUCUUCUAGCGUCUACGACAGUACAGCGGUGUUGAUGGCCAUCGGUAUCACGACGGCUAUAUGCUUGGCCAUCACUUUGUUCGCGUUCCAAACUAAAUGGGAUUUCACCACCAUGGGAGGAAUUUUGCUCUGCGCUGCCGUUGUGUUUAUGCUGUUUGGUCUCAUCGCUAUAUUCUUGCCGCGCGAUCGCAUCCUCACCCUAGUAUACGCUUCUUUGGGUGCUCUGCUAUUCUCGUUCUACUUGAUCUACGACACUCAACUCAUGAUGGGCGGAAAGCACAAGUAUUCCAUAUCCCCCGAAGAAUAUAUAUUCGCUGCUUUGAACCUUUAUCUGGAUAUAAUCAACAUAUUCCUGUACAUCCUCACUAUCAUCGGCGCUUCGAGGGAUUAGGACGAGAACUAAGGGCAAUAGGUCUUAGGGCAUUCCUUAUUACAACGCUGCAAAGUUGUUUUUUGAUGUCUUUAAUGUAACUGCGUUUUUGUUUUCAUCCUUAUUGCAAAAAUGUAAGGUUCAAAAUGAGUUUCUUUAAUACGAUCGAAAUGUGUUUUGUGAUUUUUUCUUAGUCUAUAGUCGUGUGUUUUGAUAAUAUAUUGAUACGAUUGUCACCCAUGUUGCAAUGAUAAUAGGGAAUAUAUCUGCUUGAACCGUUCAUGUAUUUGCAAUGGCGUACAUAUUUUUUACUUAAAAUCUAAGUCACAGCUCCUAUGGUAGAAUAAUUUCAUUGGUAAUUUUUUUUCACUCUGGCUAAUACUAGCUGUUGACAAGUUUUGCCAUUUAUACUUAUCACUUAACUUCUUAAAAUCUUUACACGUAAUAAAGACACUGGUCUUCUAUAAAGUGAUUAACUCUACGCAGAUGUAUAUAAGAAAAAUGCAACGUUUUGUACUGCAAUAAACUCUAAUUUUGUGUCUACUCUAGACAAACGGCUUUUCUCAUAAUCGAAUUUUAUCUUAAAUGUAUUAUUAAUUGAUACAAUUAACUUGUAAUCAUAUUAUAAGUUAAUUCCUUUUUUAAUAUUCGAUUUGUAUUAAAGAGCUAAGUUACAUGUUAAUAAGGCUGUAUACGGUGUCACUUUGAUUUUAUAUACACGCUUAGUUGUAAAUAAAAUUAAAUCAAAUAAACCACGAACGAAAACGGCUCAUGUUACGCGCAAUGUGUGCGUGACUCUAAUGACAUAUUGUUUUAAAGCAAUCAAUGUGUGCGUGUGUAGCGACGAGCUUAUCUACCAUAUGUAGUAGAUAUUUUUUUCGGCGCUCCCGUGUAGUUAAUACGAUAUCUAAACGUGUAUAUUAUCAAAGGGUGUCAUUAUGGUAACGUAAGUGACAAAAAAAUUAACAAGUACUUAUUUAGUUUUUCUGAUCUUAAUACGAAAGUGUUUGGAACUGUCCAUAGGCAAAGAGAAUUGCCAGAACAACACUUGUGUAAAAUUGACAACUAUCUAGGAGAUAAAAGUGAUGGUGCUGUCAAUAUAUAGGUGAACUAUUGACCGCACGGUCGCUUCGUCUCUCUCACACUUAUCCAUUCUCUAUGUCUAUGGACUGACCAUAGUCUAUCUCGCUUACGUUGCUAAAAUGACACGGCUAACAUCCGUAAAGCCGUACGAAAUAUUUUUUGGAAUUGCCAUUUAUUGUAAUGUGUUACUUGUAAAAUGGUAACAAUGUCAUGGCUGAAGGAUUUAUUAAAAGUAUUAUUUAUUUGGCUUUAAAUAAAUUGAUUUCACUUUUUUUUGUAUAUUGGAAACAUAAUAUAGUACGUUUUCUAUGCAGCUUGAUUUAUAAUGAAACAUUACAAUUGUAGAAAUAUGUUGUCUUAUUUAAGGUGGUGUUGCAUUUAUAUAAAACUUAAAGAUAUAUAAUAUGGAAUGACCGUUGCCCUUAUGAAAAAUGAAAGAUACAAUAAUUAGAUAUAACGAAACGCUUCAGCUAGCCGAUGAUACUAAAGUUUAGAACUAAACGCGUCCUCUCAUUAAAAUUAAACGAUAUUAAUGUUAGGUGAAUGGAGUAUUUAACCCAUAACUUCUUAAAAUAUUGUAAUGUUUAUUUUAUAGUUUGGCCAGAGAAUUGCUAAAAAAUGCAGGACCUAAAAUCGGCAAAAGAUACUGUAACUCAUAUGAUAUACUUACGUACUUUUAUAUGGAUAAAAGCAAUAAUGAUCUUUAUUUCUAAGUGUUUCGGCAUAUUAUAACCAUUCCAAAACUCUGGUCAAACUAUAACGACUUUAAAAUUUAGUCUAGGUAACGUAUUGUUUGUCGUAACUUUAUCUAGCAUAUUUAAAUAAUAAUUUAUUUAGUUACGAUGUUGUUACAUAAAGGAGGGCUAGUAACUGAGAAUUAAUCUGUCCCAAUUCGCUAAAAUUGAUCAACGUAGAACUUAACACGAGUGUGUGGUAUAAAUUCUUUUGAAUAUAACUUGAAAUUUUACUUCAGUUUAUAGUCUGCCCUUCACUUGGCUAUUCUUGUUUAUAUUUGUAAACUUGACAUCACUCUAUCCUUUUCAUACCUUAUUAAGUAUAAUAAGGACAGACUGUUGUCCACUUCACAAAUAGCAAACACGAAUAGCCAAGCGAAGUGCCAGCAUUAUAAUAAUGAUAUCCUUUUUGCCAGAUUUUUUUAUUGUUGGCAAAAGUAACAAGAGAGGCUAACAAUUUUAUUAUUGAACAGCAUAGAAAGAAUGUGUAUUUAAAUGUAACUACAUUUAUAUAUACUCAUAUUCUUCAUUUUAUCGUAUGCCAGCGCUCCUGAUGGCUGUUUAUAUUUGCUAUAUGUACAUUUGACAGGACAAUAUAAAACCUUAUCAUAUUCUAAUAGGAAAUGAAACGGAAAGACUGCUGGUAAAUUUUCAAAUAGCCAUGUUAUAGCAAAAAAAAUCAUGCACAUACACUUCUGUUGCAAUUAUUCAUAAUUUUUAAAAAAAAAUCUAAUGUAUAUAGCAAACACACAGAACACACUAUGCAUUAAUAAUCAUGCAUUUUUUUAAUUUGCGUAAUUUUGCAGUGGCUCAGUUUUGUCGAGGCAGCUUUCCUACUUAAUAAAGUUGAUUGAUGUUAGCGAGUGGAAUUAAAUCUCUCCUUUAUGUUCACUGUGUUAGAGUGUAUAAUUGUAUGUAUUAUUUUCAUGUAAAGAAAGUGACUUGAAGAAGUAAACUGAUGUUUAAAACAAACCUUACCUUAUUGGACUGAAGAAGUGUCUUUUUUUAUAUCUUUGCGAAGGUUUCGGGCGAAAUUACAAUAGACAGCCUUAUAUAUAAAUAAAUUUCCUAAAAGUGAGCUUAGUUUUUGAAUAUUUCCUUUUCUUUUGUGAACUUAUUAUUGUUUGGCAUGAAAAUAUAUCUAUUUAGUGUUUUAGCUUACAAGUUUACACAAAAAGCACUUUUCACAAAUACUCUUUAUAAUAGUGAUGAACCAAAGCGACUUUGAUCCACAAAUGAAAACAGUACAAAUGUUAUACUUACUAUUAAAUUAAAAUUAACACCGCCAGUAUUUGUUUUAUAUGAAAUUGUUAUAAAUAUUGGUGGUACGUAUAGUAUAUAAAAAGAAAUAUUAAUAAAUGGGAAUAUUUUGUUAUUUUAUGUCGACUGUUAUAACCGUUUUAUUGUGUUUAGUUACCGACCUGUGUUUUAUUUCAUUAUAUUAUUUUGAAAGUUCUUAAGAUUUUUUUUCUAGAAUAAAUUCCACGCGGUCUAGCCCUGAUGGCUGGGAUGGACCGCGCAGAUUUAUUUCUGGUAAAAUUUUCUUAAGAUUUACAAAACCUAGCAGUUAAAUUC